CUGUUUAUAUUGUUAUUUUUUAGAUCUAAUGUAAAGAUGCCAGGUUUACAGAAUAUUGUCAACUUAUGUCAUUUUCUAUGGAUGAAGAAAAACAAUCUGAAACUCACUGGCCCAAUUAUAAUAAUUUUGAUAGCUGUUUCUUAUUCCAGUGGUUUGUUACAAACUGUCGUUUCAUGGAUAUUGUUUUUGUUAAUUGUGUUUUUUAGUAUAAUAUCUGGACUUUCCCUAGUGCUUUGCCGAGGUCCUCAUCGAGAGCCACCCGCUCCUUUGCCUACUCUGGAGCAACAAAAUGUAACUAAAUUCAUGGAGAAAAUAACCAAAAAAUAUAACAAACAUUAUUUUCAAAAUCAUCUAGUGAUAUCAAAGGAUUUAGAUAAGGUUGUGCAGGAAGUUAUUGACUUAACAAUUCGAGAUUACUGCUUGUCUUGGUUCAGUGAUAUUGGAAAAGAUGAAACAGCAUUUGUAGAGAUAGUAAAUAAAGAAGUGUGGACAAUCGUUAAAAAUUUAAUAACUCGACUUCAUAAUGUAGAUAACCUUAAUUUUUUGUGCAAUGACUUAAUAUUGCUGUUAUAUAACCAUUUUCAUGACUUGAGACUUUCAGAUGCUCGCAAAUUUCCAGGUCAGACAACACCAUUUCUACUACAUCCAUGCUUGAAGGAUAAGGAUUCUGAGAUAAAAUACUUAAGAACAUGUGCUGAAGUACUACUGUUCUCCUUGCUACCUGAAAGCAAUUCAGACUGUUCUGCAAUGAGAUACAUUUUACGUGAGAUUGUUGCUCGCUUUGUUUUCUUGGCCACAGCUGAUUCAGUGUGUGAUCCUGAUUAUAUCAAUCAAACUCUUGUUAUAUAUCUUGAGGACAGAGAGAAGAUCACUGAAACACAAAAACAGAAAUAUGCGUAUGCUGAAACAUAUGAAGAGUUUAUUAAAAUGAUAAACACUACAACAGAUAUUGACACACUAAAGCAGAUAAGGUAUCACACAAUUGCAGAGAUUAUGCAAGCCACUGUUAUUCAUAAUUCCAAGGACGUUUUACAACAAGAUGGCACUCAAAGCAAUGCCAAACAGAAUAAGAAGGAUGCGCUUCGAGAUCGUAAUUUGAAAAGAUACAUAAAUCAAUGCAGAGUAUCAAAGUCCCAGUGUGAAAAAAGAAUACGAAAUCUAGGUGGACCAGAUUAUCGUGUGUAUGGCUUAGGACAUGGUCGAUUUUUUGAGGGCACUGGAAAUAAUGGUAAAGAAGCAUUUAAACGAGAACGACAAAAGUCAAGUAAGAUCCUAGCAUUUGGAGAUAUUUUAGAGAAUAGCUUAGCAAGGAGUUUCUUUAUGAUGUACAUGCAACGACAAAGAAGUGGAAAUUUGUUAAGUUUUUGGGUUGCCACAGAAAAGUUAAGAUUAAUGAAGCUACCAGACCUACAAUCCAGUGCUGAUCAAAUAUUCCAAGAAUAUGUCACUCCUUCUGCUGCCAAAGUUAUCAAAUUUGAAUCACGAUUGGUUCGAGGAAUGGAAGAAUUUAUUUAUGGAAAUGGUAGUCCAGAGUAUUUUUAUGAAGCUCAAAAAAUUGUUUAUGAUAAAAUGGAGAAUAGUUUCUACAGAGAGUUUGUCUUAAGUCAUGAUUAUACAGAAUUUGUUUGUGCAUCAGAAUCUGCAAUGGAUGAACUGAGAGCACAUCGGUCAAAAGAGGAUGAUCCUGUGACUUUGAGAGAUUGGAAUGAUGGUUUUGGAUUUAAAGAAAGGAGAAAUGCUGAAGCACUGAAAGCAGCAAUGCCAAGUAACAUUGAAGAAAGAAAUGAUUAUGCUGUCAGAACUUUGCAAGCUUUGGAUCAAAAUAUAAAUGCCAAGACACAAGCCCUGGAGUUAGUACAGCGAGCACAACCAGUAGAUACACAGGAGAAGGAAGCAUUGGAAAAAGAAAUUGAUCGACUGAAUACAGAAAGGAGACAUCUUGAAUUUCAUAUUGAAAGAACAGACCUUUGGUGUGAAAUGUUGGGACAUUGGAAAGCAACUAUUUCAAAUGUUCAAUACCAUUCUGAAAAUGAACAACCUCUUUUUGUUAUCUGCGUUUCAUGUGAUGAUAGUGCGGAAAAUAUAAGAGAUCCUGGUGCUACCACAACUGGAUGGGUCGUUGUUAGAGAACUGGAGGACUUUAAAAGGUUGCACGGUAAACUUAAAGAGUGCUGCACGUGGAUGAGUAAAGAACUUCCAGUAUCAUCAAAACGUUGGUAUAAAAAACAAGCAUCAGACAGUUUAGAAUCAUUAAAGUCAUCUCUACAGGAGUAUCUAACGAUUAUUCUUGGCGAUGAAAGGUUGUGUCAAAGUGAUGAAGUAUACACUUUUCUCAUUCCAAGUCCAGAAUACUUAAGAGGGCAGUCAUUCAAAUCAAGUGUGCAGAAAGAAAAAAAGAAUCCAUUGUCUUUUAUAUCGAAUAUUAAAGGUUCAUUCCAAAACAUGUCAUUUCCAGACAUACUGGUAGAUGCAGUUGAAGCUGAUGAAUUGGACACAGGCAUUGAUGAAAGCACUCAAGAAAGUAAAGAUUCAAUCGCUGAACCUAUGUAUAGAUUGAUUGGUGAAGUGUUUGAAUUGAAAGGAGUAUUCAAAAUACUUCGAAAAACUUUAAUCACUUUUGUCCAAAUCACGUUUGGUGGUACAAUAAAUAGGCAUUUGAGAGAGUUUAUUAGCUGGCUUGUUUCUGAACCAAUGAUGAUUUACUACAUUGAUAACUUUAAACAGUCCAUGUGGCCGAAAGGAAUUCUGGCGCCAUACCCACCACCACGUACAGAUCUGGAAAAGCUGAGAACAAGAGAGCAGGCGAAGGAAAAAAUGAUGAAAAGCAUUCCAGAUGUUUUAGCUAAUUUGGUUGGUAAGCGGAACGGUAAACUGGGCUUUAUGAAGUUGUUUGAAGCAAUCCAAGAUCUACAAACGAACAAGCACUUAUUUUACGUUAUGUUGGAAUUGAUUAUUGUCACUAUAUGUCCUGAAGUAAAAUCGAAAGAAGUUUUAGCAAGCUUGGAAAAAAAGAUCGGCAAAACAACGACGAAUAUUACGGCAAACGAUAUUGAAAGUCCGACGUUUACUCCCGAGUUUAACGAUUUUGGAGAUUACCAAAAAAAUAAGCUUUGAUACUUUUUUUAAAAAAAAGUCUUUUGUUUGCUACACCAUAUGAGCGAUUAGUGUCGUGCAGUUUUGGUAUUUCUGUAUCCGCCUUUAGUUUUGUGUAACGAAAACGUCGUCAAAUAUAAAUUAAGGGAUCUAAAACUCUUCAAUUAUCAAAUAUUUUUAAGGUUUUUUUAUACGAAUACAAAAUGUAUAAUAUUAUUUUUUGUCAAUAAAUAGUAUACAAUGUU